UUGAUGUCUGUUGCAACUUGCAACAUUUGUCUGAGUUUUGUUUUAAAUUUUAUAAAUGCUAAUUGAUUUAAGAUUCGUAAGCUAAAAUUCUACAUUCUUCAUGAUUUGUAUACCUUUCGAAAUAUAAAGUGCACAUACAUUUGUAUAAAUCCCUUCUAAGUUAAUUUAUUAAAUGAGACAUUUUAUUAACAAUGAGUUAUUGGUGGUUGAAAACCUGUGUAAUUUUAAAUGGAUUUUGCCUUUGUUUUGGUCUAAACAGAGAUGAAAUUAUAUUUCACUACAACAAUACAUAUAAGUAUAAUGAGCCAUAUACAGUUGCAGUCAGUAAAAACACAGAAUACAUAAUGGAAUUUGGUGGUGACUUUGAAGCUUAUGAUACACCAGCACGGGUGACAGUUGCAAGUGAUUUUGCCAAUCAAACAUAUCCGUUGUUCAUAACAGCAAGGCAACAGAAAGGUGUGUUUUCAUGGCAGUUACCAAUGACAGUGCAAACCCUAAACGGAUUGGAAAAGUUUACAAAUAUAUCAAGGACACUCUGUCCUCACAAUAAUAUAUUUUCAGAAGACGAAGACACAUGUCUCAGUGACAAAUGGAUAAGGGUGUACUGCGGGCCUUUGAUACAUAUGACAUCACUAAACACUCCAAUUGUCCAUCUUACAUCUUCAUCUCCGGAUCCUAUCAGUGUUACCAUACUAGUGGAGACAGUUGAAGAUUUUUACAUAAAACUCAACACAACAACAAAUUUAACCAGUACACCAAGCCAGCCUAAAUAUUACUUUUACCCAUUUGAUCAGCGCAAAAAUAAAAUUGUUGAUAUGGCAACACCGAGUGAGAGAAAGAAGUAUCUCUGCUCGGGGGAAAAGGGGCUUUUGAACCAUAACCUGGACAUAGACUAUGGAUGGUUGUCAAAACCAAAAAGUGUUAUUUUAAUGAUUGAAUCUGAUGAUGAUAUUUGUGCUCUUGUUUCGAUACAGAAUUUUGCGUGCCCAGUAUUUGAUAACGAAAGAGAUAUAUUGUAUGAUGGAUAUUACCUCACGAUGACUAGACGAGGUGGAAUCACGCUUACUCAAGACAUGUUCCCGAUAGGCUUUUACAUCGUGUUCAUAGUGAAGACCUCUGAUGAGGACUGUAGUGGUCAAUCCGUAUCUAAUGCAACUUUACCAAAAAUGGCUCAGUAUUUCGGAUGGGACGACAAAGUGAGUGUACCAACGAAUGAUGGCAGAGUCAAGAGUUUUAGUCUCCGAGUCAUUGAAACAAUAUCAUAUAGAGAAUAUAUGAUAGCUGCCGGAACAGCUCUUGGGUUUUUCCUGUCUUUCUAUAUAGCUUUCAUAAUAGUGAUUGUUUGUCAAAGACGAAGACGAGAUCAGGAAACACUUCUGCCGCCAAUUACGCCGCACGACAAUUCGCAAGUGUCGUUUAUAAGUCCAACACUAGAUGGCAGUAGCGGAAGUCGAUACUGCGCAGGCGAUCUACCCACUAAGACAGAUGGCAGUUCAUCAUCCGACACCGAUUCCGAUUUAUCGACUGUGGACGAUGUAAAUACUGAAAGUAAUUUAUACUUGCAAGGGAAUAAGCUGUGUGUCGCUAAUCUUUCUAGAUGCCGUCCACGUGUGUUGUCAGCGAGGUCUAAAAUGUAUCUUUGGAAUGUUUUGACUGUCGCAGUGUUUUAUACGUUACCCGUAAUACAACUCGUCAUUACUUAUCAAAGGUUACUGAACCAAUCGGGAAAUCAAGAUCUAUGCUAUUUCAACUUCCUAUGCGCGCAUCCGCUCAUUGUUCUAUCUGACUUCAAUCAUGUGUAUUCAAACCUCGGUUACAUUUUACUGGGAUUCUUAUUCCUUAUAGAAGUUUGGAAUCGACACAGGAAAUAUGUGGAUGUCAAUCUCGGUAUACCCCAACACUUUGGUCUUUUAUACGCGAUGGGAAUUGCUCUGGUCAGCGAAGGUCUCCUCUCAGCAGCGUACCACGUGUGUCCCAAUAGCAUGAAUUUCCAAUUUGACACGUCGUUUAUGUAUGUUACGAGCGUGCUGUGUAUGGUGAAGAUAUACCAAUCGCGUCACCCGGACAUCAAUGCGCGAGCGCAUGCCACAUUUGGAGUUCUUGCUUUGAUUAUAUUUAUUGGGUUGGUGGGAGUACUAAAUGCUAAUUUCUACUUCUGGGUGGCAUUUACCGUUCUUCAUCUGGUCACUUGCUUGGUGCUCACUUUCCAGAUAUAUUAUUUGGGCAGGUUUCGAUGGGAAGGGGCCGUGAUAUACAAAGCGCUGACAGAGUUCGUUCGGCAACCGUUAGCGGCCGUUACGCCCACGCAUUGUGGAAGGUGUGUGUUGCUAGUCAUCGCCAAUCUUGGUAACUGGGCUAUCGCUGCCUAUGGUGUAACUCAGCAUAGCCGCGAUUUCGCGUCUCAUCUUCUUCUAGUGUUGAUGAGUAAUCUGUUCCUUUACACACUAUUCUAUAUCGUUAUGAAACUCUUGCAUCGCGAAUCGAUUCGAUGGUAUAGCUGGGUGUUCAUCGCUUUGACAUAUACAGUGUGGUUCAGUUCGAGUUAUUUUUAUCUUGAUUUGAGCACUAACUGGGCGUUGACACCAGCGCAAUCUCGACAGAAUAACAAAGUGUGCAGUCUCUUACAACUCUACGAUUCUCACGAUAUUUGGCACUUUAUGUCUUCUACAGCUAUGUUUUUCUCCUUUAAUAUGUAUUUAACUAUAGACGACAGUCUCUCGCAUGUGCCCAGAGGGGACAUUGCCGUGUUUUAGGGACCAUUUAUUAUUUUUGAGUCCCAAAUCUACACCAACUGAGGCUGUCUAUGGUGCAUUUGCACAGAUUGCAAAAUUGUUUGCUUGUUUAUGAGUUGUCAAUUGUUUUCUUUCCUAUAAUAAUAAAAAGAUCUGCGUUCACUUGGCCAACGAAUUCAGACGAAGGAUUUAAGUAUUGGCGGUGCUGUAGUCGUUCUCCGUCUCCCUUGCUCUCGUAGUUAUGAUACACUGGGGGUACGUCCUUCUCCCUCGCUCUCGUUUCUUCAUGUAGCUUGUUAAGUUAAAAUUGACUGCCACGCCGCCAAGCGGCAAUUUGGGUCGCAGGAAGUUUAUCUUCAGAGCUCCCAUAAAAAUUGUACUUAUAUUCUACGUCUGAAUUCGUGAAUCCUUAAGUAAAAAGCUACCAAAUAUAAUAAUAAUGUAUUUAUUUAAACAUUUAUAGGUCCAUAUGUUUAUGAUUGUGUUAGUUACAAUAUAGAUUGACACUUGAUUGAAAGGUAAUUGAAUGAUUUUAUUAUGGUUUCUAUAAAGCAAACUUUGUAAAAAUAGCUUAGUUCUUUACGUCAACGCCACAUGUAGAACGGUUUAAUAUGACACAAUUUAGAAUAGUUAAAUACACCGACGUUUUUGCUCUCUCUAUCUCUAUUUAAGAAUCAUUUAGCAUAAGAUAAUAACAAAAAAAUGGUUUGCGAAAUUGAUUCCAGUUUGGUAGAAUUUCCAGUAUACAGGAUAUUUUUCAACGUCAUUUUAAAAAGUUUCGAUCUUUCUUAAUAACAACCUUAAUGGAAUUUGACAGAAAGAACGAAACAGUGCUUUAGUUGAAGAAGUGUUGUUUAGUUUUUAUUAAAAAUUCCGUAUUUUGUGUGCAUCCUAGAAUUUGUAGUAUAAAAUGAGACAGUUUGUCUAAGUAAGCACAUGUAAAGAUUAUCGAUUGUGUAAAUUACUUUUCGUUUUUAUUCACUUCUAAACGUUUGUAAAAAAAAUUAUGUUAUUUGUGUUAAUGCUGUGUAAACGAUGUUUUGUGUUAAGUCAAAUUCAUGAUCUCAAAUAUUCCCUUAAAAUUAUAAAUGAGUGUCUUAAUAUGUGUCUUUUAAACUAUAAUUAUGCUGAUACUGUCGCUGUAUAGAUAUAUAUAAGUUAGUCCGUUUGUCAUAUUUCUUCGUUACAAAGACGAAAUAUUGAGCCUCGUUCCCGGCGAAGCGGUAAUUUCGUUAGGCACAGAAGACUGACAUAGUGGCAUGAAAAAUAUAACUAUUAUAUUUAUUUGCGUUAAAUAUUGAUUUUAAAAUUUACCUAAUGUUUUGUAAUUUAAAUAUAGUUUAUGUAAUUAGUUAUUAAUGUACUGAGCGUGCUAUGUAGGAUUACGUUCAAAAAUGCUUGUAACAUUGUAUUGUUUUAGAAUAUUGUAUUAUGAAUUUUACUAGUCUGUAAAUAUAGUGCUAUUUGUA